AUGAUCUUCGAUCCCAAACCGUUAGAUCUCCCGGCCUCUUAUGAGACCGUCCCUACGUCUGGUCAUGUCAUCGUCAAGCACCAUCCACCAGGUGCCUCAACUGUGACUCCCGUCGUUGUGGUUACGCUGAAUCGCCCUAAGAACCAAAAUGCAUUUACUGGACAAAUGGUCUUCGAUUUUGAGAAGCUGUUCGCCCUGUUUGACGUCGAUGAACGCGUCAAGGUCAUCGUGCUAACUGGCGCUGGUAAGACCUUCUGCGCUGGUGCAGAUCUGGAUAUUGGAUUUACGAGACAUGUCGGCAAAGAGAGACCGGCGGAUCACCGGGAUGGUGGUGGGCGCGUUUCACUUGCGAUUCAUCAUUGCCGCAAGCCUACUAUCGCAGCUAUGCAAGGAUCUGCUGUGGGAGUGGGCAUGACCAUGACUCUGCCCACCAUUAUACGGAUUGCCUACGAGAAAGGGAAAUACGGGUUUGUGUUCGGCCGCCGCGGUAUCACAAUGGAAGCAUGCUCAUCGUACUUCCUGCCUCGUCUGGUCGGUCACUCAAACGCUAGCUACCUCGUCAGCACCGGUGCUGUAUUCCCACCCACCGCAAAACACUUCGGUAGCUUAUUUAAUGAAAUCAUGCCGGAGGCUUCCCAGGUGCUGCCUCGAGCUCUCGAACUAGCCACCGAGAUUGCCGAGAAUGUCAGUCCGACUGCGUCGUAUCUCAACCGGGCAAUGAUGUGGCGGAACGUGGGCUCUCCGGAGGGGGCGCAUUUGGUCGAAUCAAAGACGAUCUACCACAUGUUCGCAUCAGCCGACCAGAAGGAAGGUGUCACCGCGUUCUUCGAGAAGCGGAAACCUAGCUUCCGAGCCAACUUGGAUGACGAUGUGCCUGCACACGUGCCUUGGUGGACUGAGGUUGACACUGGCCGUAUUCCCAAGGCCCAAACUCCGUCGAAGCUGUAG